GCAAGGAGUCGGGCGCGAUCCACAGCCGUGGUCCCAACGGUAAACGUGUACCUGGUUUCUACCUCGGCUGUACCCCAGGGCUUGGCCAGAGCAUUUGCGUCUCUGGGGCUGGGGACCGGAUUCCAGAUCCUGCCGCGGGAAGGCGAGGAGGGACAACGUCGAGGACACAAUGCGCAGCGCCACACGGGCCGAGGGCCGCCAGAGGUUCCAUAGCCAGCCGAACGAGGGGUGAUUUCCAACGCUCCACUCGCCCGGCCGGCCGGGCGGUGCGGCCUCUUCCUGCUCUUGGAACCAAUCACCGGCCGCCUGGCAGUGCAGGCAAAGAGCGGUGCUGGAAGCCACGGUCCGUCCAUCCUUCUUGAAGGCAGGAAGGCUCCGCCCCUCAGCCCACCUCUACCCAGUUCCCAUUCCGCCCCGUCCCGCCUAUCUCCUCUCCCACCCCACCUGCAGCGGCCAUUGUGGUUGAGGGCAAGUGGCCGCUGAGGCCGGAGAAGCCAGAUAGGCGCCAUGUUUGGUAUGAUCAAGGAAUGGCGCCCUUAAAGAAUCCAGAGACAACUGGAGCCAGGAUGUCGCCAUAUUUUCUGAAGACACCUUCCGGGUCUCUUAACCCGGCUAUCUAAAUCCAAGCUGCCAUGAAGUGAAUAAACACCGAGGGGUUUUGUUUGUCCCCAUCACACCCCCCCGAAUCCCUAGCAGCCAGUCCCUGCUACCUCGGUGCCCUCGACUGCGUCCGGACGCUAAGGCUGGGCGGGGCCCCGGCCUCCGGAGCCCUUCCUGUGGACGACGAAAGCUGAGGCCGCGCGCGGGGAGGCAGUGGCCUGGGGGACAGGGCGGCCGCUGCUCGGGGCCGGGAGGCCCCAUGGCGCCGCCCCCAGCCCCGCUCCUGGCGCUGAGACCGGGGGAGACCGGGGUUGGUUGUAAGAAGCCUGGGGCCGUGAGCUUCGCGGACGUGGCCGUGUACUUCUCCCCGGAGGAGUGGGGGUGUCUGCGGCCCGCGCAGAGGGCCCUGUACCGGGACGUGAUGCGGGAGACCUACGGCCACCUGGGCGCGCUCGGAUUCCCAGGCCCCAAACCAGCCCUCAUCUCUUGGAUGGAACAGGAGAGUGAGGCUUGGAGUCCCGCCGCCCAGGAUCCUGAGGAGGGGGAAAGCCUGGGAGGAGCUCUGAGAGGAGGCACCCCAAACAAGAAGGAAGAGGCACCAGAGGAAGGGCCAGGAGCCAAGGGACCCAGAAAGACUCCUGGGAAGGAGCCUUCUAAAGAGCUGGUUAAACACAACCCUGACUGGACCGUAAGAAAGGUUUCGGCAAGAGCACAGCAACCCACCAACGCUGCCUGGAACCAGAGCACAGGUGUGCAGCCCUCGGUCCCGGUGCCUGGCGUGGACACACAGGACAGCCAGCGGCGUCACGUGUGUGCAGACUGUGGCCGCCGCUUCACCUACCCCUCGCUGCUGGUCAGCCACCGGCGCAUGCACUCAGGGGAGCGACCCUUCCCCUGCCCCGAGUGUGGCAUGCGCUUCAAGAGGAAGUUUGCUGUGGAAGCCCACCAGUGGAUCCAUCGCUCCUGCUCUGGGGGGCGGCGCGGUCGGAGACCUGGGAUUCGGGCUGUGCCUCGGGCUCCGGUGCGGGGGGACCGGGACCCGCCGGUGCUGUUCCGACACUACCCGGACAUCUUUGAGGAGUGCGGGACCCCGGGCCGCCGCCGGCGCUCACGCACCGGAGCCUCUUCCCCUUUGCCUCGCCAAACGGGAGCACAGACGCCGAAGCGGCCACGGCCAUCUUAACUAUGGGCAAGAGGGCCUCCCAAGAGAGCUGGCGGAACAGCAGAAGACAACUCGAGGGCGGAAUACACCAGGUUAUUACCACCAGACCCAUAAUGAUGCUAUUAAAUGCUUCGCUCUAAAAUUGGAAGACGCUGGAGUGCCACCAUCUUUUCUGAGGGCGCGUUUAUUUUCUCGGACCUGGGACCACCAACUUCGCGUAACGGACCGUUUCUCGCCGUCCUAGAGCGGCCCCGCCGAGGCUACUUCCGGCCGCCUAGGCCCGGAAGAGCCCAGCUCCCCGGAGGCGGAAUCCCGGGCGUCUCUCCUUGGGGGGUGGGGGUGGGGACCCCGACUCCGUCCUUGGCCCAGUUCCCGGCGCCCUGCUGAGGUGCCCGCUAAGGCCGGUCAGGAAGGAGAAGGGGAGAAAAGGCCGAGGGUUGCGAACUUCGUGAAGGUGGCCGCGUAUUUCUUCCCCGAGGAAUGGGGAUAUCUCUGGCCCGUGCCGUCGGCUGUGUGCCGGAACGUGAUGCGGGAGACCUACACCUACUUGGGUGCGCUCCGUGAGGUCUGGUCGUCCCGCAUCUCAAGGGAAGGGGGCGGGUGAGGUGCGUAAGUCUGGGUGCCAGACUCGCCCCCACUUCUCCCCUAGGUUGGGUUCGUUUCCCGUGAUCCCCGCCAGAUCGGCCUGAAACUUAUAACUGAUCCUCUUCUACCCGACACCUCCAGUGGCUCCCCAGGACUUACGCAAAAAGUUCAGAACCUGUGUACCAUAGCGUGAAGGCCCGUGGCACGCUAAUCUCCUCUUCCAAUUCAAACCCAAUCUCUCCCUACAGGCGAAUGAUCCCAUGGGUUCCAGCUACAUGAAAUCUGUGUUUUGGAGGACAGACAUCUAACUAGAUGACCCUAAUGCAACAUCUUUUGUGAGCUCUUCUGUCUCAUGUAGGAAGACUCAACUGCAGCUUUUUAGCUCUGUAGCUCUGCCUGAAGGUCUCCCUACUGCGCCCCCAUAGCUAAUAGGUGACAUCGCUCUCCCUUAGUUUAAAUUUAGAGCUUAGUGUAAACUUAGAGCAGGAAUCUUAUCUUGGUUCACCAACGUCUCCAACACCCAGAACACCUAGAACAAUGCCUGCCACACAAGAGAUGCCCAAUAUGUUUUCUUUAAAUAAUGAGUUUUUUCUUGAGUGCUUUGGGUUCUUCCCCAGGACUCCCAGACUCCAAACCAGUCCUCAUCUCCUGGGGGGAGCAGGAGGCCCAGCUGUGGGGUUUAGAUGCUCAGGAUCCCCAAGAGGAUGCCAGAGAGAAAGAAGGAUGAGAGGUGGGGGUAAUGUCUCAGUUCCAGCUGGAAGGGAACAUGUUUUGUUGAACAAGAAACACCAUCAUGUUCCUUACUACUUUUUGCUGACCUGAAUUUAUGAUUACCCACUGGAGACUGGAGUCUUGACCUUCUCUUUCUCAAUUGACUGUGGCAUCCAGUGGUCCCAUGGCCAGGUCACAGUAUGAAUCAUCCAAACUCUGACAGUGGCAGUGUCUGAAUUAAAGCUUAGGAUGGAGGCCGUUCACCUUUUUGUCCCCAGGUGCCUGUACCUUGUAACAGCUGCUCCUCUGGAUGAGGGUAUCUCUUUGGGUUGGUUUCAAAGUAGAAAUGGCCCUGACUUGUGACCCCCUCGAUUGUGACCAACACAGUCUAGGUGGGUGCUUCCAGGGGCUAGGUACCCAUCUGCAGUUGUGAAGGUUGAGUAGAGUUUGAAUCUACUGUGUUUCACAACAGCCACUCAGAAAAAUGAUACAUUUGGAAGGGGUCAGCAGAAGGAGUCUAUUUGGGAGAUGUCAUGAGCCCCUGGGGUGAGAGACACUAGCUUGGCUUCGAGCCUGUGGCCAAGGGUGCCUGUAUGUAGCCAGGCCUUUCCCAAGCCCCAACUCUACA